UCAGAGCUCUUCAUCUUCCACGCCUCCAUCCCGAUCGCUGAGGCACCUGGGAAGUUGAAGAACCGAGACGAUAAGAAGCUGGUCAGCACGGACAAGGAGAAGACGCUGUUCCACCCGGUGAAGGGCGUGUACGAGCAGCUUUCCAAGGACUGUGUAGCUCAGGGCUGCAGCGUGGACCUCUUCCUGUUCCCCAGCCAGUACCUGGACAUCGCCACCAUGGGGGAUGUGCCCGCGCACACCAGGGGCGCCGUCUUCAAGUGCAGCAACUUCCAGGUGGAGACCGACGGGGAGCACUUCUUGAGGGACCUGAGGAAGGAUGUGGAGAAGCCCAUCGGGUUUGACGCCAUCAUGCGUGUCCGCACCAGCACAGGCUUCCGGGCGACGGACUUCUUCGGCGGCGUGUAUAUGAACAACACGACGGACGUGGAGCUGGCGGCGGUGGACUGUGACCACGCCAUCACCGUGGAGCUGAAGCACGACGACACGCUCAGCGAGGAGACGGGCGCUAUUACCCAGUGUGCCUUGCUCUACACCACCGUCGGGGGCCAGAGGCGUCUGCGCGUCCACAACCUCAGUCUGAACUGCAGCUCCCAGCUGAUGGAGCUGUUCAAGAGCUGCGAGACGGACUCGCUCAUCAACUUCUUCGCCAAAACAGCCUACCGCGCCAUCCUGAAGCAGCCACUGAAGAGCGUCCGGGAGAUCCUGGUCAACCAGACCGCCCACAUGCUGGCCUGCUACCGCAAGAACUGUGCCAGCCCCUCUGCCGCCAGCCAGCUGAUCCUGCCCGAGACCAUGAAGGUGUUCCCGGUGUACAUGAACAGCCUGAUGAAGACGGCCCCCCUGGUGGGCAGCACGGAGCUGUCCACGGACGACCGCGCCCACCAGCGGCUGGCCGUCAUGGCCAUGGGCGUGGAGGACACCCAGCUGCUGCUGUACCCCCGGCUCAUCCCACUGCACAACAUGGAGCUGGAGGGCGAGGCGGUGCCGUCCCGCUGCUCUGAGGACCGCCUGUCCGACGGCGGAGCCUUCCUGCUGGAGAACGGCCACUCCCUCUUCCUGUGGCUGGGCCAGGCCUGCCCCCCCGAGCUCAUCCAGGGGCUCUUCAACCUCGCUCGCUCACCUGCAGCCCAACACGAACAUGUGCAACAGCGCCCCCUGGGGUCACACUUUUCGGUGGGAUCCCGGUGCACCGGGACACGGAGCUGUUUGCCUACGGUGGCUGUGGACCUGUGGGAGAGCAAUCUUGGUGUGAGUUGAACCCACGAGGAGCACGUGUCUCAAGAAUUGGUCACCCGAAUCCAGGUCUGCAGUGCUUAUGAAGUAGAACAUCCGAGACUCACAGAGCGUGUUCCUCGGUGGCGCAAUGGAGAAAGACGCUGAAAAAUUCAUCCUCAUCUGAGACCGGGGUUCAAGUCCUGGGGAGAGGAAUCUUGGCGAGAGUUGAACCCACAACUAGCACGUGUCUCAAGAAUUGGUCACCGGGAUAGCGUCAUUGGUGGGACUUGAACCCAGGUCUGCAUUGGUUAUGAAGGUCAGUCCUUAAAGACGUCAGUACACUCCACUAGACCACGUACAUCCUGCCUUUGAAAGCACAGGAUCUUGAUACUUAUUAAAUCCUCCUGUUCUUAUGUCUAUUCUAACUUCAACUACUAGUAGAACUUCCGCGAUUCUCAGGCUGUGUCUUGUGGCGCAAUGGAGAAAGACGCUGUCUGCUGUUGAAACCUCAUCUGAGGGCAACCUGGGUUCAAUUCCUGGGUAUGUCUAUAAAUUUUUUUUUUUUUUUCCC